GAAUGUGAUAGUUCUACUUCACACCACACAACCAACUCUAAUUCACAUCCACACACCUUAUACAUUGGAGGUCUCCGUCAACGUUUCUCCCUCCCUCACUCAUCUCUCCCUAAACCACCAUCGCUUCUCAUCUCCCCUUCCUUUGAUUCGCUCAAACAUGGCCUACGCUGCUCUGUCUUCACUUGCCCAAACAACACACCGAAUCCUCAAUCACGAUCAAUACCUCAUCUCCCACGAUGAAAAACAACAGAUCACACUGCUCUGUGAAAAAGUUAUUUUCUUGCGAGAAGCUUUGCACAAGUUUCCAAUGCAAGCCAGCAGCUUGGAAGCAAGAAUCAGACGCUCCGCCAACCAAGCAGAGGAUAUGAUCGAGCAUUUCAUGUACGACCAAAUUCGGGAUCAAUAUAGUUCAACUACAAACAAUCCUCAUCAUCUUCACCAUGACCUAGAAAAGGCGAUGAAGAAGAUCAACUCAAUUUCCCGAGAGGCAGUGAACUUCACAGCGGAAGACUCGGCGGCGCUUGGUGAUAGUACCACUGUUCGGGCUUCAUCGUCAAUGCAGCUUGCCGGCGGCGUUACGGUCGGUCUCGACGAGGAUCUGCUAAAAAUCGCCGAUUCGCUCACCGGAGGUUCAUCCAGUUGCCAGAUCAUCCCAAUCGUGGGGAUGGCAGGAAUAGGGAAGACAACACUGGCUCAGAAGGUUUAUAACCAUCCGUUGAUCACGGAGACUUUCAAGAUUCGUGCUUGGGUCACAGUAUCACAAGAUCACAAGCCCCAAAAUAUCUUUUCCGACCUCUUAGCUUGUUUUAAAGAAGGGGGCAUUGAAAGACAUGGACAAAGCAAUGAGUCCAUGGACGAAAAAGUCCACAAAAUCUUGAAGGGAAGGAAGUACCUCAUCGUAUUGGAUGAUAUGUGGAGUCGAAACGCUUGGGAUGUUGCUAGAAAUGCUUUUCCUGAAGAUUGUAAUGGAAGCCGAAUUGUGAUAACCACAAGGCUAGUUGAUUUGGCUUCUUACUCUAGCAGCAGUCAUCUUCAUCAGAUGCAUUUCAUGGAUGAGGAUCAAAGCUGGAAUCUGCUCAAGCAAAAGGUGUAUUGUCCACCUGAUCGAGAGGCGAUUGGAAUGGAGAUUGCCAGAAAGUGCGGAGGAUUGCCCCUUGCAAUUGUGCUAGUUGCAGGUAUGUUGAGUACAGAGACUAUUGAAUUCUCAUGGUACCAACUUGUAGAGAAGCUAGGCUCAUCUUUGGAGUUGGAGAAGAUAAUAUCUUUGAGUUACACCAACUUGCCUCAUCAUUUGAGGUCAUGCUUCCUCUACAUGGCAGCCUUCCCUGAAGAUUACGAGAUUCGUGUCUCAAAGCUCAUCAAAUUGUGGAUUGCUGAAGGAUUUGUGGAACCAAGAGCCGGUAGAAGCUUGGAAGAUGGGGCCAUUGAGUAUUUGGAAGAUCUUGUCAAGAGAAGUCUAGUUUUGGUGAAAAAGAGGAAGUCUGAUGGCAAAAUCAAAAGCUGUGGUCUCCAUGAUAUGGUACGUGAGAUUUGCAGAAGAAGAGCUAAGAAAGAAAACAUUCAGCACCGCUUGAGUAUUGCUCAUCCUGAUCUAAUUCUCCUUGCUAGAACAUAUGGCUCAACUCUCCGUUCUGUUAUAUGCUUUCGACUAAUUACUGCAAGUUCGUUAGACAAUGCUCUACGAGUGUUCAGAUUGUUACGGGUGUUGGAUGUGGUGGAUGAUUAUAAUGAGCACCCGUUGCCUGCUCAAGUAUUUGACCUGUUUCACUUGAGGUACCUUGCUUUCGCGUGUCCAAAUGAGAUUCCGGCAGCCAUAUCCAGGCUUCGGAAUCUCAGAACAUUGAUCAUCUGUCCGAGGAACAGAUUUGGGCGUUACUCAGAGGAUGUGGUAUAUUUACCAUUAGAGAUCUGGACGAUGCCAUUAUUGACUCAUCUUGUUUCAUUUUAUAGCCCUCUGCUUGAUCCAGAAGGAGUGGCUUCUCCUCUGAAUAGACUGCUGGAGCUUUCGGUAGGAAGAAGGUUCGUAUGUACCAAAGAGAUUACAGAAAUUAUUCCCAAUGUGAGAAAGCUAGGAAUCACUUAUUUUGGAAGCAAAUUGAGAGAAAACUACCAGCUCCAGAAUCUUGUCUUUCUGCAUCAUCUUGAAAAGCUGAAACUAGUUAUGAAGAAAGGUUGUGUUAUCCCGCGUAAGAUUUGGCCUGUUUUUCCAGAGUCGCUGAGAAAGUUAACCUUGAAUGGUUGGCGAUUUCCAUGGAAAUAUAUGGAAACUAUUGGCUAUCUCCCUAACCUUCAAGUGCUGAAAUUGAGAAACGGUGCGUGCAGAGGCCGUACAUGGGAAACUAAGGAAGACCAGUUUCCUAGUCUGGAGUUUUUGGAGAUUCAUAAAUCCAACUUGAAGAAGUGGGUUACUGAAGAGAGCCAUUUCCCAAGACUGAAGCAGCUAGUGCUUUAUUAUUGUUCUCGGUUGAGCAAGAUCCCAAAUGACAUUGGAGAUAUACCAACACUUGAAUUGAUUCAAGUUGAUGAUGUUAACAAAUCUCUUGUACAGUGUGUGAAACGGAUCCAAGAGGAACAACGUGACAACGGAAACUAUGCCCUUGAAGUUCAUUGCACGCAUCGUCUGGGUUCGAACUCGAUGGCAGCCAAUAUGUCAGGCGAGAAGGUGAUCAAGACGUUGAAGAAGAUCAAUGCGAUCAAGGCUAUCAAUGUGGGCAUGGCGACCAUGUGGGACAGCCAAACUGUCGAGAAACUUAAUGCGGUCAAGAAUAUCCUAAUGGCCGGCCGAGGCGGCCAAGGCGGCCAAGGCAGUUGAUAAACACACAUAUUUCUAUGUUUCUAAGGAAUAUUGAAGUUUAAUUUAAAAAAAUGAUCUGAAUGAAAGUUGAAGAUCAUCUCGAUACGAGUUCUUAGGCGCAAACGGAUCGAAAAUCGAACAUCAGAUGAGAGAGGACACGCCGAAACAAAGUCACUGCACAAAAUCAAAAAAUGCACGCGCAACCGCUUUCCUGGGCCUCAUGGUUCACGAUUUCAAUCUGUUUUGGAUGAGCGGCUGCGUUUCUCUGAUGCCCCGAGACCGUGUGUGUCUGCUAUAUUUUUCACAGGUUUUGUCGAAUUUUAGCCCCAAAGUUGAUUUUUACAGGAGGACUUGAGACUUGCGUGAGGGCUUUGAACCAAGGAAUUGUUGGGAGUUAUAUAUUCAAGUGUGAUGCGAGGACGAUAGUCUUGCAUGUAGUAUAUGAUUUAUAUGUCAUAUGAGUGAGUAUAGACUUAAUUCGUGAUUGUCUUAGGAAGAAUUGAGUUUUCAAAAGAUUAAUCGAACUGAACUUAUUUGAUUUCUUGAAUA